AAAAGAAGAAGAAAACUCUGAACCAGUAGGUGGCGGUAUGUUGGGUGCCAACCGCUGUUAAAUCGCAAAGAAGAAGAGAAUUUAAGUUUAGGGAUCAGUUUCGUUUUAUUUGAUAGCUGCUUUCCAUUCUGGAAAAUGAAAAUAAAGGCUGAGUGGUGACACGAAGCCGCUAAAGCAAGCUACGCAUUUCCUCUGCUUCCAACCAGGAUGUUGCCUUCCUCCUGUGACACGUUUGUAGCCUUGCCUCCAGCAACAGAGGGGCAGCGUGUUGUCUUUGGAAAGAACUCUGACAGGCCCUGUGAUGAAGUCCAAGAGGUGGUCUACUUCCCAGCUGCAGACCAUGCAGCAGGAAAGAAAAUGGAGUGUACCUACAUUGAGAUGGAGCAGGCCCCCCACACCUAUGCAGUGGUGUUGAGUCGACCUGCCUGGCUGUGGGGUGCAGAAAUGGGCGCAAACGAGCAUCAGGUGUGCAUUGGGAACGAGGCUGUGUGGGGCAGAGAGGAGGCCAGUGCUGAGGAAGCUCUGCUUGGCAUGGAUUUGGUCAGGCUGGGUCUGGAGAGGGCAGACAACGCCCAGAAGGCCGUGGAUGUGAUUGCUGAACUGCUGGAAAAAUAUGGCCAGGGAGGGAACUGCAUGGAGGAUGAAAGCAUUUUCACUUACCACAACAGCUUUCUGAUCUCAGACAGGACUGAGGCCUGGGUGCUGGAGACAUCUGGGAAAUACUGGGCAGCGGAGAAGGUUGAUGAGGGAUAUCGCAACAUCUCCAACCAGUACUCAAUAACCACCAAGAUCGAUCGGGAGCACCCAGAGAUGAGGGAGUACGCCAGGAGUCAAGGCUGGUGGGACGAGAAAGCCCAGUUCAAUUUUGCUGAAGUCUAUUCCUAUAUGAACACGGCCAGGAUUGAAGCGUCUGGCAGCCGGUACUGUGAAGGCCGCAAACUGCUGGAGAGAAAUAAAGGACAAAUCACAGCUGAGACGAUGAUGGGGAUUCUGAGGGACAAAGAUAGUGGAAUCAACAUGGAGGGGAUGUUCAUGACAACAGGAAGCAUGGUGUCUGUUGUGCCCAAGAACCCCUGCCUGCCAGGAGUGCACUACUUCACCGGAACACCGGACCCUGAGAGGUCCGUUUUCAAGCCUUUCAUUUUCGUGGAGGAUAUUAAGCAGCUGAAGAUGACCUGUUCUCCCAGCUUUGGCCAGGAUGACCCCGUAAAGAGGAAACCCCGUUUCCAGAGCAAGCCAGACCGCAGGCACCCCCUUUUCCUCAAACACGCGGUGGUGGCUGCCAUCAUCGAGACUACUAAGGAGAGGGGGAACAGAAUAGUGGAGAACAUGAGGAAGCUGGAGAAGGACAAAAUGGCUGAAAUGGAAAAACAUCUGAGCAGUGGGCUUGAAGACUCUACUUCAGUUGUACAUCUCUUUUCAAAAACCAUUGAAGAGGAGCUAAAAGUGUAUAGCAAAUAAUGAGCAAACAAUGGGUACAAUGCAAGACUUGCAUUGUUCCUUCCUGAUUUCAUGUCUAUAUAAAAGUAAAUGGUUUUGUCCAAAAUGUACACCACUAUCGGAUGUAUGACAUAUACUUUCUGACAACAAUGUUUUAAUUCAUGUUACUUAAUAUAUAAUUAUAGGUACUGUCCCGUUAAUUUAAUUGAUUACCAAUUGCAGUUUGUAAAUAUGCACCAGAAUUCACAUUAUGUAGUACAGCAAUGAAAAAGUAUUUUAACAUCAUAAUACAAUUGUAACAUUGUACCAUUACAAUCAUAAAUUGUAACUUAUAAAAGUAAAAGCCAUCCCGUACAGUGUAA